AUGAGUGCAUCAGCUACAAAUACCAGUAAUGCAGCUGAAACAACACCACCAAUUUCUGAAGCUGAAGAUCUGAAAAUGUUUCAAGCAGCACGAAGAACAGGUCGACGAAAUGCUCUUGGUGAUCUUAGUGAACAAUUCGCACAAGUCGGUCAUGCAAUGUCGUCGUCAGAAUUUGAUCUUGUUCGAAAACGUCUAACAAAAGAAAUUAAAUUACUAACAGAAAAUCCAACACCAGGAAUUCGAGUUGUAGAAGAUUUUACUGAUAUGCGAAAAAUUCGAAUUGAUAUUGAAGGUGCACCAGGAACAUUGUAUGAUGGUGAAAAAUUUCAAUUAUUAUUUAAAUUUUCUGAUCAAUAUCCAUUUGAUUCACCACAAGUUACUUUCAUUGGUUCUAACAUUCCUCUUCAUCCACAUAUUUAUUCAAACGGUCAUAUAUGUCUAUCAAUUUUAACAGAUGAUUGGUCACCAGCAUUAAGUAUUAAUGCUGUUUGUCUUAGUAUUUUAUCUAUGCUGUCAAGUUGCAAAGAUAAGAGUCGUCCACCUGAUAAUGAUUGGUAUGUUCGUACAGCAUCGAAUGAUCCAAAAAAAACUCGUUGGUGGUAUCACGAUGACGCUGUUUGA